AUGUUGGGAUACACCCGAUUGAAUACAUUACUGCGAUAUCAAACUAGAAACUACAGAUUAAAGAGAACAACGCCAGCAUCUCAUAUAUUUAGAUCGAACCAGGUGAAUGACAAUGCUAUAAUUAAUAAACAAACUAACACAAAUUUCAAACCUGAAGAGAUAAGUAAGUUAAAUUUUAAAGGACUUGGACUUGAACACUUGAACACCUCUUCUCUAAAGGAUGGUUUCGAAAGUGCUCUCGUUCUAGAUUAUUUAAAUUUUACAAAAUCACCUUAUAAUAGAAGUAGCAAAAAUUUGAAUAAACUAAAGAAACAUUUACAAGAUACCACUGAUGAGAAAAAAAAAUUUAACCUUUUAUUUGAUUUUCUGUUAGAGGAAUCUAAUAUUGAAAUAAACCAACAUCAAAAAUUAGGCAUUGAAGGUUCACAAUUAGAAAGAUUGGACAACCAAAAAAUGAUAAUUGAAAAUGAAAAGGAAGAUCCUACUGCAAUAUUUCAAGAACUAAUUAUGUCAAAAGAAAAAGAAGAUCCAAAUUUAAAAUCAUUUGCGAACUUUAAAUUUGUUCUUUAUUUACUGGAUAAGCUCGAGCAAAAUUUUCAGAAAACAACAUUUCAAGAUAUACCAAUAACUAUUCCACAGCUCGUUAACGCAUUUGAAACAGCAAAAUUAUUACCAAUCGAUACCCUCAGAAGUAAAGGUAUUUAUUUAACCGGAAAUUUAUUAUAUGCUUCCAAUAAAGUUAGGCUAGACCCAGUUAAUGAAUCAUUUUACAUUAAUGCAUUAGUAAAUUAUGGAAAGUUUAAAAAAGCAUAUUCCUUAUUUGCAUCAUAUAAAGAUAAGUGCUCAGAAAGAUGGUGGUAUGAGUUAGGCUUAAUGCUCUUUUUGACAAGUAAUUCUUUAAAGAAAUUUGAUAGAUUAUUAGUAGAAUUCGACAGCAAAUUUAAUGAAUCCACUUAUUUAUCCCCAAAAGUUUUGGUUUUCGGUAUAAAGAAAAAAGUUUACAUACAUGACACUAAAAGUACAGUGUUUUUAACUAAUCGAUUCAUUAAUAUGAUAAAUGAAUUCGGUUAUAAAGGUUUGAGAGACAAGGAUGAUCUUAAUAGUAAAAAGAGUAGAUUCUUUCGCAGUGAAGAUCAAGCUUACGAAUUUUUAAAUGAAAAACAGUUAUUAAGUAUAUAUGAUAUUGUCAAGGUACUUUCAUAUUUGACUUAUAAACAAAACAUCCCAAUUGCAUAUAAAAUACUAAACGCACUUAUUACAAGCAACAAAGUUGAUAACAUUAACCUUAAAUAUUUGAUUAAAUCAACUAGAAUGAAUUUACUAGCAUCUCCAUCUGAAUUUGUAGAGGAAUUAAGACGUGCUUACAAAAGAGAUGCCAAUUGUAAGACAGAUUCAUUUGCUAAAUUUCAGAUAUUAUUAAAAGAAACUCAGAAAGAGUUAAAUAUAAAUAAUAACUUUCCUGAAUUACUAUAUGAAGAUUUUAAAUCACUAGUAAAGCAUCCUGCAUUAAAUCAACUGAUAUUUGAAUUUGUUACCGAGACUGAGAAAAAUGAUCAUCUGUCACAAUCUAAACAACUCUAUGAGCUAAUAAAAUAUUUACUGUCUAACAAUGAGUACAACAAAGCUAUCCUUUUAUUGAAAAAAAUGGAAUUAAAAUAUAGUGAAUACAGACAAUCCAAUAUGAGCACAACCAAUGAUAAUAAUAAUGAUAAAUUUCUUAAUGCGCAUCAUUAUGCAUUGUUAUUAGAAUACUUUUACUUAAAAUGUAGAAAAGGAGACAAGGCUAAGGUUGAAAAAUAUUCUGCUAAAAUUUCUGAGAUUAUUGAUAACUUAGAAAAAAACGAAAUACCAAUAAAUUGUACAUUUUUAGCUAAAUUGCUAAAAUUUUACACGGAUAACAGAGACUUCAAUAACUGUUUUCAGAUCAUUAACCAAAGCUUAGCCGCCAAAUUAGAAAAAAUGAAUGAAACUCACAGAUUUUCUACGUUUUACGAAAGAAGAGUUAUAACGAAAAACUUGUACAUUGAGAUAUGUAAGGCAUACUUAAGGUAUUAUAGAGUAUUAAUAGCCCAUAAGGAAUAUGCUGCUCCUAAAUCCAAUAUAUUUUCAUGGAAUUCAAUGGUUUUAAAAUUAAAAUCACAGACUUUUAUACAUCCGCAGUUUUCUCAUCGUCAAUUAUUUUCCAUAAUGACCGAAGGUGAUACAUUAUUAUUUGAUCAAAUACUUUACAAAUUAUUUAUACGACUAUUUAUUAUUGCUGGUGAUUGGCCUGGCUUGAUAGGUGCAAUAUAUUACAUCAGUGAAAAAUAUGGAUUGAAGCUAACUAUGGAUUCUAAAGAAUACAUACUGAAAGGUCUAGAGACUGUAUAUAUCGAAAAAUUAUCAGGAUAUAAAACUGGAGAUUCAGGGAUAUUAAACAAUGAGAGAGUAACUCAAGCUACCAUCAAAGUUAGGCAAAUGAUAAAAAGUGAUAAAUUAUUAUGGAGACCUAAACAACAAAGUUUCUCAAAUGACUCUAUAAUAGAAGAAAUAUUGUGUUGCAUGAAGUUUAUUGACAAUGACAUAGAAUCUUGGAGGAAGAAUCUAGAACUCACUUUCCAAGAAUUUAGUAUAGAAGAGACUAACAUAACCAAAUUAAUUAAACGUGUAAAUAGCUAA